GUGAACGUUCAGUUAAUCAUUUCUUCGCUAACUAGCAAGCUAGCGCGUAGCUUAGUUAUAUUAUUCGCUUUAACCUGCAACUUCAUUAUACAACCCACGUCUUUAGCUAGCUGUUUCGUUUAUUUGCUAGUUGGAGCUCCGAAUACCCGGAUGAGACCGCGCUAUCUGAUUAGCCCAGACGACGUUUUUGACUACGCGAUCACCGGGAGGGAAAACUACAACUCCCAUGAUGCUCUCGGCGCUCAGCGAGUGGGAGGUGAAACAGCGCGCAUUACCACAGAUUCAUACCUGCAAGUUGUAACCGUUUGAACAGCACGGGCGCUGUAUUUCUCUUUUUUUAUUUCCGCUAUCAUGAUGAUGAUGAUGAUGAUGAUGGUUGUGGUGGUGGGCUCCGGGGUCGUGGCGUUAAUCCUGAGACUGAUGUCGCCUCACAUCAGGAAAUAUGCAGCAGGUGGAGUGUGUGUGUCCACAGCACGUCUGGACGGGAAGACAGCGCUGAUUACAGGAGCGAACACAGGAAUCGGAAAAGAGACGGCGCUGGACCUGGCUGCACGGGGUGCGCGGGUGAUUCUGGCCUGUCGGGAUGUGAAGAAAGGUGAGGAGGCGGCGGCGGAGAUCCGCUCACGUGUGGGUGGUGCACAGGUGGAGGUGCGAGAACUCGACCUGGCGGAUACCUACUCAAUACGAGCAUUUGCACAGAGAUUCCUCCGAGAGGUGAGUCACCUGCACAUCUUGAUCAACAACGCCGGGGUGAUGAUGUGUCCUUACAUGAAGACUGCAGACGGCUUCGAGAUGCACCUGGGCGUCAAUCACCUCGGUCACUUCCUGUUGACGUACCUGCUGAUCGGUGUUUUGAAGCGCAGCGCGCCGUCCCGCAUCGUCGUCGUUUCGUCCCUGGCACAUUAUUUCGGCUGGAUCCGAUUCCACGACCUGCACAGUCAGGGGAGCUACAACAGCGGCCUGGCCUACUGCCAGAGCAAACUGGCUAACGUGCUCUUCACCAGGGAGCUAGCGCGCAAGCUAACAGGGCUGAACGUGACGGUGAACUCGGUGCACCCGGGGACGGUGAUGUCCGAUUUGGUGCGUCACUCCACGGUGAUGUCUCUGCUGUUCGCGUUGUUCUCUGUAUUCCUGAAAACGCCGCAGGAGGGAGCGCAGACCUCCAUUUACUGCGCAGUGGCUGAGGAGCUGCACUCCAUCGCGGGAAAACACUUCAGUGACUGCGCUCCAGCCUCCGUCGCUCCUCAGGGCCGCUGUGAUGAAACCGCUCGGAGGCUGUGGGACGUCAGCUGCGACCUCCUCGGUAUCGAAUGGGACUGAGAUCACUCUUCUCUCCAUCGCAGACCCGUCACUCAGACGAGACAUCCAUUCUGUUCUACCAAUUUGCCAAACGCACUUAAUACCACUUUAAGCUUAUUUAAGAAACGGGACCUGGGAUCCCAAUGUCGUUUCAGUCGUACAUCGCUGUAGGGCAAGCAAAAAUUUUGAGUUUCAUUUCUUUGUUAGAAAUUUGAACGUUGUUUUAAUUCACGCACAUUUCACCUCCUCCCCACUGCAGCUACCUGGAAUCGUACUGUUUUUAUACAGAAGUAAAUUUGUUUUUUACUACUGUUACAUUCAUGACAAGAGAAUUUAAAUAUUUAAAUAUAUAUAUAUAUAAUGUACGGAAACACUAUUAUGAUUGGCCACGUUUUCCUACUUUUCUUAUAUGAAGGGUCACAUGAUGACCAGUUGUGGUCUGAUCACAUUUAAAUAUUUUGAUAAAGAUUUAAGGCAUGAAAGAUUUUAUAUGUUUGCAGUUGACUGAAAGUCUUGCAGAAAUACACAGACAUUCUGGUAUUGCUGUAAUUGUGGGGACUGGAUGUUCUCAAAAGCACAUUAAUGUAACAAAAUCACUUGCUGUUGUGCCAUAUGGAGAGACCUAGCUAAUUUGGAAAAAGAAAAUUGCUUAGGAAGAUGGGAAGUUGCACUUUUUAGGUAUCCAGUCACUUAGUGCUGGAAACUUUUCCUUAGGAUUUUCUCAUUUAGGGGUCCAAGCACUUUGUUCUAAAACCCUGUUGUUUUGUCAGGAUUCUUCUGGUCCUCCUCGUUCUUCUUCUUCUUCUUCUUCUUGACUGGAUAGACAUGAGCCCAAUUCGAACAAUCAAAUAUAUAUAUUUUAUUUUGAGUCACUGGCCCAUCUGCAAAGAUUUUGAGCUACUUUGCAUAGUAGGCAAAUCCUACAUCUGGUAACUUUGACCUAAUCCUUGCAAAUUUGUUGUCAAAUCUAAGAAAAGUGUAACUAUCUAACUAAGGUUGGAAAAAACAUUGAAAAAUUAAAUAAUAAUAAUAAUAAAUGAUAUGAUUGCUACAAACCUGUUCACAAUGGAACUAAACUUAAACAACUGUAACUGCUUUGAUUGGUUCGAAAUUUAUUUUGAGGCAUGGUGGUCAACAGGGGGUGCUAUAAAAUUCAAAUAACUGUUUUACCAGAGCUAUCUGAUAAAUAAAGUUACAUUUUGGACCCAGAA